AUGAUUGUAUCUGGUACCCUAGGACAACAUAUAAUACCGGUAAUUCAGGAAUGUCCACAGUUAGUCUCAAUUUAUAUUUUCUGUGAUAACCAAUUGAUUCAUGAACGAUGGGCCAAAACAAUUUCUAAAGUAAAAGGCGUAUACACAGAAAUUGACUCGAUUUGUGAAGCAUUACGAAUCGAUCGUGAAAAUUGUGAUAGAGCUUUGAUAUCAACCAGUUUUAAUGGUUUGGACCCAUUAUUCAUGUAUACACAAUUGUUGAAAGAAGCACUUUUGGAUAUAGAGGAUGAUGAUGCGAAAUCGAUUAAAGAACUUGCUGAGUACUGUCGUCUUGAAAGCGAUGCUUUCGGAAAAACACUUGAAAAGAUUGAAGAAGAAUAUCGUAAUCAUUCACCCAUUUGGUGGUACACAGGUCCAUAUUUUAUCUAUUCAAUGCUCAAUCGUGGCCUUCGACAAAUGGGUGUCGACAUUAUACUUAAAAUGGGCUUCUUCAUCCGACAUUUACAUAACCAUAUUACAGAAUUACACCGGAAACAACAGGGCAGCAUGCCGACAAAAUUUCAAGUCUUUCGUGGACAAGGUUUUCCCGUGGAAGACUUUGAAAAAAUGAAAAAAACCGAAGGAGGACUAAUGUCCUUCAAUAAUUUCCUGUCAACAAGCCGAAGUCGUGAAAUAUCUUUCAAAAGAUUUGCACGACCAGCUACAAAGAAUCCCAAUUCAGUUGGCAUUCUCUUUGUUAUGAACAUUGACACGGCUAUUUGCAUAAAAUCAUCAACACCAUUUGCUGAAGUCAGCAAAGUUGGCUACUACAAAGAUAAAGAAGAAGAAAUACUCUUUUCAACACAUACGAUUUUUCGUAUCAACCGGAUCGAAAGAAUUCCCGACGAGCAUACGGAUCGCCUAUGGCAGGUCAAUCUCACCCUCGCUGGUAAUCAAGAUGAUGAUUUCACCAAACUCACGGCACACCUGCGAAAAGAGAUCAGUGGGGAAACCGGAUGGGCUCGACUGGGUGAUAUACUUAUUACAGUGGGAGAGUCCCAAAAAGCAGAACGUCUCUGUCAGAUACUCCUCGAAAAGGCAUCUACUGACAAACAGCGAUCGUAUUAUAAUUUUCAACUUGGUUCCGUGUAUUAUAACAUGAGCGAGUGCCCGAAAGCACUUUCAUAUUACGAAAAAGAUCUGGAGAUCAGUCAAAAAACUCUCCCUCCAAAUCAUCCCUACUUCGCACAAUCCUACAACAACAUCGGUAGUGUGUAUGAUAACAUGGGCGAAUACUCGAAAGCACUUUCAUCGUAUGAACGAUCACUUGAAAUCCGGAAAAUAGCCCUCCCUCCAAAUCAUCCCGACUUGGCUGCUUCCUACAACAACAUCGGUAGUGUGUAUGAUAACAUGGGCGAAUACUCGAAAGCACUUUCAUCGUAUGAACGAUCACUUGAAAUCCAGAAAAUAGCUCUCCCUCCAAAUCAUCCCGACUUGGCUGCUUCCUACAACAACAUCGGUAGUGUGUAUGAUAACAUGGGCGAAUACUCGAAAGCACUUUCAUCGUAUGAACGAUCACUUGAAAUCCGGAAAAUAGCUCUCCCUCCAAAUCAUUCGGACUUCGCACAAUCCUACAACAACAUCGGUUUGGUGUAUUCUAAGAUGAACAAGUACUCGAAAGAACUUUCAUAUUACGAAAAAGCUCAAGAAAUCUGGAAAAAAUCACUGCCUUCAACACAUCCACGUAUUGCCCUGGUGAAAAGAAACAUUGAGAUUGCAAGAAAGAAAAUGUAA